AUUGAUUUUCUAUUUUUCAUUCAUAAUUCAUUUUCUGAUAUGCAAUUACGUAGUGUUGGCAACGAGAGCGCGCACUCUACGAGGAAAUGUGAUUGUGUAAAGGGGUGCGCGUGUGUGUGUGUGCCCGUGCAUUUUCCCGUCACCGUGUUUGCACACUCUGCUUUUUUAGUUUUGUAUGCGGUUUUCACCGCAUGGUUUCUCCCCGCUGAUUCGACCUUUUCGGGGAAAAUGAAACCCCGCGGGUGGCUUCUGUUCAGUUUUUUGCUAAUUAUUCAAGUCGCCUAUGCCAAAAUCCCUCGGGAAUAUGAGGAAGUCGAAAAUCAAGACAAUAUGCUAUUCACAGUCACAGAACCAUAUACGCUCGCCUAUACAUAUCAAAUGAAACACGCAUUCAUGCUUGGAGUUCAUUUCCCAGAUGGAGCAAACAAAACUUUCCGGAAUCUGGAAAUGGUCCUCGCCGAUCCCGUCCACGGAUGUGAGGCUCUGCGCAAUGAGAUCUUUGCCCCUUCAGUCAUUCUCAUGGAGCGAGGAGAAUGCUCUUUCACCGUAAAAGCACUCAAUGGAGAAAAAGCUGGAGCCACCGUCAUAAUGGUCACCGACUCACAGAACUACGAAUACAGUUAUCAUCAGUACUACGUCAAUAUGAUACCUGACGAGUCUUUGGAUCGUGCCAACGUCCCAUGUGUCUAUGUUGCACCAGUGACAGGACGCUACUUCCGUGACCACCUCGAAGAGGGAGGAACCAUCAAGUUGGACAUUCCAGUCGAGAGGAACUAUGCACCAUGGGUUCAUCACCAGAAGAAGGCUCCAUGGGAGAUUUGGCCAGAUGAGGACCAUUACUUCUAAAUGAAUCCUCUCAAAGCUUUAAUAGUGACAGUUCAAUUAUCAUUUCGGUUCUUUCUAAUUUUGUGUUGUGAUUUCCGACGUUUUGCCUACGGUGUCCCCAUUCUGUCUCAGCUUUCCUCAUUUACAUGUCAUUUUUGCAUAUUCUUUUUUUUAUUUUUUUUUCUUCACAUCAAAAAUCUGGUUGUAACCUAAUAUUAAUAUUUCGUUAUUUCUCUUUCACAUACUUAUCCUCCCGAGACAUUGGAUUCCGUAUCGCCCACGGGUUAUUCCUCCCCAUUGGUUUUUCCCAUUCCCGUUGUCUAUGACAAAGUUGCCAUUACAAUGAAUUUUUCAAUAUGUA